UCUUCUUGUUCUUUAUUAAUGUCAGGAGUGCCGGCAGUGUACUACCACGGAACCGGAAGUGAGAACGCAAGCCGCGUGUAUACGGAGACACCGAUGCAACACGUUCAACGGACUGCGCUCCGGAAGAAAUUGGAUCUUACCAACGGACAGCUCACCCCCAACAACAACACGCCCUUGCUCACGCAAGCACUUUCUGUGAUGAACAACUACCAGGCGGCCGCAGCGCAGGCCGGAUUUCCGCCGGCGUCGCCGCACGCGGCCGGUGGCCACGGUGGGCCACAGGGCCGAUCAUUUCCUGCGGCCAACUCGCCGGGCCCCAUCGACAUGUAUAGUUCAAGCGCAGCAGCCGCAGCAGCAGCCGCAGCCGCGGACUCCGCAGUGGCCAGCUACGUCCAGGCCGCAGCUAGUCCGCAGCCCCCUACGACCGCGUUCCCUGCGAUCGCCGUGUCCCGUGCCCCGCUCAACUACAGUCCCGGUCCUCUAAUACCAGCGGCGUUCACUAAUGGCUACCAUUGAGCCUUGUUAAGACCUAAUAACAGGAUGGACGAGAGGGCAGAGCGCAGCAUGGUCGACUGACGGUACAGUGAGCGAUGUAAAUGCCUUGGAAAAAUUCACCACAAUGAACGAACUCUGGACGGAACGGGAUGCGCACCAUCACCAGCAAUAAACCGAAGAAUCGCGAUUUAGAUAGAUGGAUAACGGUUUCCACCUGGCGAGAGGGCUUCGACUUUGCGGGCGUGAUCGAUCGGCCGCAACAAUUUUCAACGAUCGAAUGCAAACUGUGACUUUCCAGCGGAAGAGGAAAAUAAGAAAAAACCAAAGUUGAAAGCAUUAGGAGGGCACGAGAAAAUUAAAAAGAAAAUAUAUAUAAAAAAAAAAAUAUAUAUAUAUAUAUAUAUACACAUAGAUAUAUAGAUAUAUAUAUAUAUAUAUAGAUAUAAAAUAAGAAGCACGAUGCGAGAGGGAGGAAGACAGGAAACAAUAAUGCGAGGAAAAUCUGUAUAAAUUUGUAAAUCGCGGUACACGUCCAGAAAGUUUGCGGGGAAAAAGCAAGAUUGUAGAGAAAGUUAAGAUAAGAAGAAAGUAACGGAAACGCGAUGGGCGGAAGCUGCGUAUAAUGGUAGAUGUGGCCGAAACUGCGUUAUUAAUGCCCGUUCUCUGACAUUAAUAAAGAAUAAUAUAAUAAUAAUAAUAAUAAUAAAAUAAUAAUAAUAAUAAUAAUAAAUUAAAUUAAUAUUAUUAAUUGCUAAAUAAUUAAGCGAUUAAGUCUAGAAUAUAUAUAUAAAUAUAUAAAUAUAUAUAUAUAUAAAUAAUUGAUAAAUAUUAAACGAUAAAGAAGAAAAAAAAAACGUAUGGAUCCUUAGUAUUUAAGGCAGACGAAAAACGUGACGGAUGAAUACCAACUUACAUACGAAUAUUAUUAUGAUUAAUGGUUAUUAUUGUAUAACACUAUGGCGAAACUUCUUUUUUCUUCUUUUUUUUUUCUAACUGAUUAACAAACAAAAAAAAGGAAAACAACAAAAAAGGAUGAGGAGCCAUGCGCCGUGCUAGCUCGCGCGUGUACGCGUGCGCGAUAUACAUAUAAAUAUAUAAAUAUAUAAAUAUAAAUAUAAAUACAAAUACAAAAAUAUAAAUAUAAAUAUAAAUACAAAAUAUAAAUAUAAAUAUAAAUAAUAAAAAAAAAGUAUAUAAUUAUUAUACGCGUAACGCACGUUCGCACCCGGGAAGAGUGGCGUCUCCUUGUUGGGCUUUCGAGUUUUUUAGUUGCGUAGAAGCGGAGUGAAUAACAAAACGAAAAAAAAAACAAUAAAAAAGCAAAAAAUAAACGAGAAAAAAUACAAAAAGGAAUGUAUUAAGGAAUUUUCUUCGCGAAGCGCGCGAGUCGACGACACGGCGGAGCUCAACCUGACACGGAUGCGUGACGAAGGGGUGGUGGUAGUCGGGUAGAGAGAUUUAGGAGACGAGACAACGAGGGCGCUAGGCAGGCCAUGAGUGGGCUUCGCCCUUUUUUUCUUUGUUUCUUGCGCGCGCGUGUCCGCCACUUCUCAGCGUGCUCUUUGCCGACUGAAUGCCGGAAUGGCACUUCUCGCUCGCCCCGGCAUCGUCGAAGCACUUUUCCCUUUUCCCGGGUGUGCAACGAGGGAGAAAAGAGGACGAAUAAAGCACGGAAAGAGCAAGGAGCGGAGGGAGGUUGCGUACAUAGACGUAGACACGCGUGUUACACGAAUAACGGUGACGGUGUUUGCAUUGCUUAUCGUGCAAUGGAUGAAAAGGGAAAAGAAAAAAAAAAAAAAGAAAAGAGAAAUUGGAAAGAUCGACAGAAGCUGAGAGAUCGACAGAUUGGAACUCGCGAGGCUCUGUGUAAGUUAGACGAGCAAAGGGAGAAGGAAAUGAGGGAAACAGUGAGAGAAAGAGGAAGACAGGAAGAGAAUGCGAUCUGCUUUUAAGAUAAUGCAUGUCAAUAUGGGGAAGAGGAGAUAGUCAUCCAGCGGCGAAGGACGCUGUUCGAUAGAAGAAGAGAAGAACGAGAGAGAACGUUAGAACAUACAGGGUCGCGAGAUCGAGUAUGAGAACGCCAAGCCCCGAGCGUUGUAUCGUCGGAAGUCUGGCCUCAUCCAAUGCCGAAACGAUGACCGUUGAAUUUAAUCGGCUAUUGUAUAGCUGUCCAAUCGAUUACUUGCAUUAACCUCGGUACAUACAUACAUAUUACACGUACGCGAAUUAUUGUAUCAUUGAUUUACCAUAAUGGCGUAUAUGCAUGACCCUAUAGAGGAGCCAGCAAGGGAAACACAAGCAACGUUUACCGAUACGCAUUUCACACAGGCUCACUAUAAACAUACACGAAGUAUCUUCUACAUUUCACGCACACAUACAUACAGAGGCAGGCAACUUUAAACACGAACACUAUAUAUACGUUUUCACAUGCGUCCGCGGCUUUUUAAACGAAUUAUUCUUACACAUGCCUAUCUAUACACAGACAUAUACACAUGUAUACACACGACACACAGACACGUACUCACAUCACACCAGGAGAAACCAUACGCAAGCCAUCAAAUGCAGCGAAGCAAAAUUGCGUUAAAAGGAAAAACAAAAAUAUAUAUAUAUUAUAUAUAAAUAUAUACACACAUACGCGUGUAUUCAGUUAUUAAGUACCGUGCGUCCGUAUAUGUACAGAGCGUUAGUUAAUGGCGUGAUCGCCAAUUUUUGAUGCGCCAGUGCAUGAGCAUAAAAAGCGGAAGCGAGAGUAACGCGUACAAUAAGGAUGACACUUUGAACGCGAAGUGAGAUUUUUGUGCGUCUCUAUAUAACCCGGAUGCGUGUGAGAGAAAGAGUGGGAGAGAAAGAGUGUCCAUACGUGUGUGCGAGAGCGAGAGAAAGAAUAGAGCAAUUAAAUCUUUAAAAUUUGCGAGACACGGUCGUCGGAAAAUGCCACUUUGCAAAUUAAAGAAACAAGAAGAAACGAUAAGAGGAGAGAUAAAUUGUGAAGUUUAUGCGGGCGAAGCAUAAGGAAAGACGUAAGGAAACGUGAGAGAACGUUCAAUUGCGUAUCGUAGCCUUAAUCGUGGAAUAACUGAACAUCAAACAAUUCUUGCGUUCUUUCGCGCUUCGAGGUAUAUUUCGCUGAUUGGACGGGCAAAGGGCGCGAACGGGGAUACUCCAUUCGAUUACUCGUAAUUGGUCUAGGUUAAAUGAGCGUAAUAUCGUACGGGAAACAGGGAGGUAUAUCAUUUUCUUCGUUUCGUUUCUUCGGCGCACGUGAUAUUUUGUGAAACUUCAGCCGGCCCUCGAGGAAUAAUUCGACUCAGAAGCUCGAAGGGCGUCGCGACGUUCGAACCUCCCUGCUUCUGAAGAAGGGGAGAGAUGUAAAAAGAAAAAAAAGAAAAUAAUAAUAAAAGAAAAUAAACCGUCGACGUGCAUAAACUCAUUCCGCGAACUGUAUAAUUUAUAUUUCGUUGAUAUUGCUGAUCUAAACUGUUUCGUACAAUACUAUUGAUUAUCAUUAUUGAAUUCGCCAAGUGAGAGAGUCAACGAGCGACAAAUUAAUUAUAAUUAUUACAAAACGACGGAUAUACGUGCGACAAUUCUAGGUACGGUUAUUAUUGUAUUCAAUAACAGGGUAAAACAAAGAAUUAAGAAAAAAAAAAAAUAAUGAAACGAAGAAUAGGGAUGACUUUAAAUUGGGACGCGUGUCACGUCGAACGGCGGCCAUUUUGUUUUCCUGUGCGCGGGUGUGCGUGCGCACGAUGAAAAAAAAAAAAAAAAUAAAUAGAAGUCAAAAAGAAGAAAUACAAAAAAGAAAAAAAAAAGGAAAGAAAGAAUGAAGAAAAAAACGAAUGAACAAACGAGUCAAUUCUUACGAACGUUAGCAAUACUUCGUCAUAACCACAAAGGAUAAAAAUGGCAAAUAAUGAACGAGAAAAAAAAGAGAAACUAAUAAUAAUAAUAAUAAUAUACACGAGUAAACUAUAUCGCGAAUAAACUACAUGAUUUCUUAAGUUGGUGAUGUGUACACGCGUGACGGGUGAUCUUCGCUCGUUCUCAGAAGAAAGAAGAAGGUGAAGAAAAAAAAGGCAAAAAGAGCGAAAUGUGAAUGAAUCGCCAUUCCUGAAAGAGAGAAACGUACGGCGAAACGAACUGCGAUCACGUGUAUUUUAGACGCUGCAAAACCGAUUUCUUGCAAGCGAAACAAAAUGGUAGCUGCUUCGUUACGCCCCAGGACUAACGUCAUAGACGCAUAUAAAAAAAAAAAAGACAAAAGUUACUAUGCAUCGGACCAAACCGGUUAUUAUCCAGGCAACUAAUAAUUCGAAUAACAAAGGAAAACUCAGAUAAAACAUGAGAUACGAAGAAAUGAAGAAACACGUACACGUACACUCUAAAAUAUAAAGAUUGGUAUUUUAUCGGUAGACCGUACGCUACUUAUACAGCGAUGCUGCUUUCAAACGAUUGCAAGAAACAAGUACGCAGAAACGAGCGUUUUGUCGACGAUGUUCCAUUUCUAGUUUCCUUUUUUUUUUUUUUUUUUUUACAUUUCGAUUCCGACAGAGUUUGUUUCUCGUGGUUACAUGAAAUCGCGUACGUUUUGCGAAUGAAAUGCAAUAUAGUCAUAGCUUUGCGAGCACCUUCUGUUGCCUUUAUUCUUCGGUUAUGUUCGUUGGAUUCGGUAAGAGACAAAUAAGUUAAACGAGCGUCAAAUAGACGCGUCGAACGCUUCAUGUAUCGCGGUUGCCGCGCUGAUUGUUCAAAUAGACGGAGACAUCGCGCGAGAAAGAGUCGAGAAAGAAAGGAAUAAAGAGAAAAAUACAUGAGAACAUAAGCACCAGCUCAAAGAUGGUAAAAAUAUAACGAGAUUGUAGGUUUAAGAGACGCUGACGCACGAGAUCGCAGCGGAUGGGCAAAAUGAGAAAACGUAGGAGGUAUACACACAUAAAACGGGAAAUAGCAAAAGAGAGAAGACAGUCAUAAUUAAGUGUAUAAGUUGUAACUUUUCGCAGUUAGGCUGAAUGGCGUGCUGAAAGGAUCUUGGGUUCCUGAAAAGUAAUCGUUUAUCGCAUUAUUAAAGCUUUUACACUAUACAAUUAAUGCUAACGAUUCGUUCGUUUUGAAUUUUUGAACGAUGGCAAUUCUGUUGAAGUUGUGAAUAUAACGAAGCAAUGUGAUAGUUAUUAUUAUGUUCGAGCGAUGUGUAGGUGUUUUAGAAUUAUUUUUAAACUUAUUUAUUUAAAUCGUUUCGUCGUUCCUUUCGCGAGACGAGCCAACAAUGCUGUGGCAGGAACCCGGGCGACUUUCAACGAGAAUCCUCUGAAAGAAAAUUAUAUAUAAAUAUAUAAAUAUAUACAUAUUCGAAAGAGAUCUACGAUCAAUUAUUAAUUAAACAAAGCAAACAAAACAAACAAAAAAUGCGGUCGAUAUAGAAGCAAGAAUAAAGAGAAGAG